UAGUUACUAAAAUCGAAGCUCACAAGAAUCUUCGAGAUGGUAAAAGCUCUUCCGGAAAUGACCACGGAUUUCUUUCAAUUCGAAGAGUUCGAUGAAUUUUAUCAUGAAGCUCAAAAGAGAGAGGAAAUCGAUCAGUUUAGCAGCGAUGAAGAAGAGAUCGAUACUGAGGAGACAAAAGCUUUUUGGGAAUCACAGCAUCAGCUUCUCCAAGAAGCUUUAUCUCGUCGGAGUUCGACGGAAGUGAGGAUCAAGAGAGAUACAGAGGAGGCGAUUAAAAAAAUGGAAUCUUGUCGUCCGAUCUGUGAUUGUUUGAAAGAAUGCCGACGGAAUUGUGUGCUUAGAUUUAUAACUGAUCGUCUUCGUGAUGCUGGGUAUAACAGCGCCCUUUGCAAAUCCAAGUGGCGGCGGUCGCCUGAGAUUCCUUCAGGUGAACACUAUUUCGUAGACGUAGUCGUAGAAUCAAAGCACCCAAAAAAGGACCCAAUCCGAGUGGUGGUCGAGCCCAACUUCAGAGCGGAGUUCGCGAUGGCUCGAGCAAACGCCGAGUACAACACCCUUAUCGACAAACUCCCUGAAAUCUUUGUUGGGAAGUCCGAGAGACUUCGUCAGGUGAUCAAAAUAAUGUGCGGAGCAGCGAAGAAAUGCAUGAAGGAUAAUAAGAUGCACCUGGCGCCUUGGAGGAAGCCCAAGUACAUGCUCUCCAAAUGGCUCGGCACGUGCGAGAGGGUCACGCCGGGCGCUUUGACGACGGCGGUGGUUUUGGAGAGGUCGGCAUCGGGGUCUCCAACGUCGAGGCCGAGGGCUUCGAUGCUGACGUUUGAUCUGCACUGCACGGCUGUGAAGGUUAUGUGAAGGUUGAGUUGUAUGUAUUUUUUGCAAUUUUGAGAUGUAUGCGAGUAUGUGAUUAUUAAGUACUUGGAUUUGUGUAGGCAGAGUUAGUAGUGUAAAUAUUAGAGUGUGGUGGUUUGUAUUGUAAGUAUGAGAUGAAGCAAGAAAGUUGAGUUGCGAACCUUUUGUUCGCUUUCCGCCCUGAAGAAUUUUAA